AUGCUCCGCCUCAACACCUCGCCGCGCGUCCCCUCCUUCUGGGGCCCGAUGCUCCUCGCCGCCGCCCUCCUCCUCGUGUCCAACUUCUCCGAGCCCUACUGGCAAAACUUCUACAUCGUACAGGGCAAGGCGCUCAACACGACCAUCAAGCUCGGAGCAUGGGGUGCCUGCACCAGCUACCGGAAUGCGACCGGCAUCAACGGACCGUCGACUUUCUGCACUAGCCACUACUCGGGCUACGACUACUACUACGUCCCGAACAACACUGCGAACGGCAUCAACCAGUUCCCCACCGUCGCAGACGACAACACGAUCCUCGGUCUCAAUGCGGCGUCGACGGACCGCAUCUUUGUCCUCGGAUCUGGCGCAACCUCGACUUACUGGGUUCACGUUAUCGCAACCAUCCUCACCUGCCUCUGCGUCGCCUCGCUCAUCCUCUCCCCCAAACACCUCGGCUCCGAAAACUCGCGCCUCUUCGCGCUCCAAAAAUCCGGCAUCGUCACCAUCAUCCUCGCACUCAUCUCGUUCGUCGUCACGCUCGUCGCGUUUUGCAUCGAGAUUGCGGUGGCGCUGCCGGCGAAGAAUAGGUUGAACAAUGCCGCGGAUGGGAUCACGGCUAGUUUGGGCAACGUCCAGUGGUUCACCCUCCCCUGCGCGAUCGUCAUGAUCCCCGCACUCCUGAGCGUCCUCCUCCGCGCGACGACUCAGCACGAAUACGUCGACCUCUAA